AUGUUCUCAAUACAUAAAAAUCAAUCAUUAAAAAAAUCUUCAUUUCGAUAUCGUAAACGACAAUUAAAACAAAAUCAUAGUAAUAAAAAAUCAUCAGUAAAAAAUAAACAAUCAUCAUUUAUCAAACGUUUUUAUCAAAUAUUAUCUGAUCUUCAAAAACCUGAUACACAUUUUCUAUCUUAUACAAUUAUUGAACUUGAACCAAUUUGUCAACAAGUAGCUAUUCAACAAAUGUCAUCAUCAUCAUCAAUACUGAUAACAUCAUGUCCUUGGAUUUGUUUAUUUUGUGAAAAUUUCAUCUAUGAACCAAUAACACUUUAUUGUGGUCAUACAUAUUGUGAACAAUGUAUAAAAGAUGAUAAAUUCUCGUCGAUAAAUUGUCCGCGUUGUCCGAAAGAUAUUCAAGAACAAAUUAAAUCUUCAAUUAUCUAUGCAAGAGAAAAUAAUUCUAGUAAAAAUCAUUUUCUUAAACAAAUUAUUGAACGUUCUACAACAUUUAAAUUAAAAUGUGAAAAUAUUUUAUUAUGUCAUAAAGCACAAAAUGAAUAUAUGAAGAAAAAUUAUCAACAAGCGAUUGAUAUUUAUUCAGAUAUAAUUGGAAAAUAUGAUGAUGAACAUAUUGCAUUCUAUGGUCGAGCCAAGACAUAUAAAGUAUUAAAACAAUUCGAUAAAGCUCUUACUGAUAUCGAACAAGUUAUUUUACUGAAGCCAUAUUGGGCAAAAGGUUAUUAUUGUCGUAGUGAAAUAUUAUUUGAAAUGAAAUGUUUUACACCAGCAUUAUUAUCAUCAUUACAAGGAUUGACGAUUGAUCCAGAUGAUCAAAUAGGCAAACAGAUAAUGGCUCGACAUCUUCAUACUGUUCUACAUAAUAACGAUGACAAACAAGAUGUAACAAGAGCAGAAAAUGACUUAAAUAUGUUUCCGUCAACAAAUAAUACCAACAAACAAGUCAUGACUUCAAAUACAUGUGAUACUAAAUUACAUAUGUGUAAAUCAACACCGUUAACACCAUGCCUUUGUGCAUUAUUUGAUUCUGAACAUAUUAAUGCAAGAGAUUAUGAUUGUUCUAUAUGUGUUAAUUUAUUAUGGUUUCCAGUAACAACUCCAUGUGGUCAUAUAUUUUGUCGAGAAUGUCUAAUUCGUUCGAUUGAUAAUACACAUGCACAAUGUCCAAUAUGUAAAAAAUCCUUAGAAGAUUUUUUUCCAUUAUUAAUACAAUCACAUGUAAAUAAAACGGAACUUGUUUCACAAAUUAUUGAAACUUAUUUUCCAAAUGAAUUUCAUGAACGACGUGAAUUAUACGAAAAAGAAAAUAUUCAAGGAGCAUCAAUUCCACAACAAUUAACAGAUAGUGGUGAAUCCAUUAUUUUUGAAAUUCCAAUAUUCAUAUGUGUAUUAGCUUUACCACAUUCUACUUGUCCAUUGCAUGUAUUUGAACCACGAUAUCGAUUAAUGAUGCGUCGAACAAUUGAAACACAAUCAAGAACAUUUGGCAUGUGUAUAUAUAAUGAACAGACAGAAACAUUUGCUGAUUAUGGUACAUUAUUAUAUAUACGUGGACUUGUAUAUACUCAAGAUGGUCGUUCAAUCGUUGAUACAAUUGGUCGACAACGUUUUCGUGUUAUUGAUCGUGGAAUGAGAGAUGAAUAUAAUACAGCACGUAUUCAACUUAUAAAAGAUCACGCAAUUGAACAAGAUGAAUUUGAUGAUUUAUAUCAAUAUAAUCGAACUACAUAUAAACGCGUUCGUGAUUGGUUUCAACAACUUGAUCCAUAUCGACGAACAUUAAUAUCUCGUCAAUUAGACGGAUAUCCGCCAUGUGAUGAUUUAACUCAUGAAUCAGAUGAUGGUCCUAGUUGGGCUUGGAUAAUGUUAAAUUUAUUACCCAUUGAAUCACAUUUACAAUAUACAGCACUUAGUUCACAAUCGUUUCGUGAUCGUUUACAAAUCAUUAAUAAUACAAUGGAUUUUUUACUUAAUCAACAACCACAAACAAUAUCUAUUACUGAUGAUUCGUAG